AUGGUGGCGGCGAGCCCGGGAACUCAGGCCACUUCCGCCACUGCCGCCGUCCGCGCGAGGAACCCCAAGAAACCGAGCGUCCGACACGAAGAUCUCCCCAACCCCACCCGGUCGCCUCUCCUUCCCUCCGAGAAGGACAAUGCCGGUUCCUACCGGCGGCCCCGGACGAAGGAAGUAACCUCAAGGUACCUCUCCUCCUACAGUUCUUCCUUCUCCUCUACCACCAGCACCUCAGCUUCAUCCGCGGGGGCAACUGCCACCUCUGCUACAUCUUCCUUGUCUUCAUCUUCCACGGCGCUUUCCUCCCGGCGUUUCCCGUCUCCCCUUCUUACCUCUCGCCCCUCUCCCACUGCAUCCACGGUGCUCCAACCGUCUACCGCCAAGCGCUCCCAAUCCGUUGACCGGACUCGAGCUGCUGCUCCACGUCUGGAUCCCAGCAGGUCCAACAAUUGCGUAACCACGGAGAUCUCCUCCGCAAGCAGACCCCUCCGGACAACGCGGAGCCUUUCUGUAUCCUUCCAAGGGGAAUCAUUCGUCUUCCAGACUAGCAGGGUUAAGAAUGAUACCGCAGGCUCCACAAGGAAGCCCACCCCAGAUCGUCGGAGGUAUCCAGCUACUCCAAUGAGAAAUGGCAUGACUGGUGGCGGGGAAGGCGGUGGCAUUGGGCCUCAAACAGAGAAUUCAAGGUCUGGGGACUACAACCGUUGGCCCGCAGCACACAGUAGCAAUUCCAACCCACUGACAAAGAGCUUAGAAUAUUCUCUGAAUAAGGGAGGAUCUAUUUUUGCAACUGAAAAUUUUAUGCGGCAUUCUAUUGCAUUUGAUGAGGCUAGACAUGCAUCAUAUGAUGCUGGUGAUCUGUCUGCAUCUUCUGACACAGAUAGUGUUUCCUCCGGGAGCAAUUCAGGAGCUCAUAAUUCAUCUGCUCCUGCAUGUACCCCUUUCAUCCCCCAUGGCAUUAGUGUGCCAGCAAGGUUUUGGCAGGACACAAACAGCAGGACCAUCCUCUUGUCAGACUCAGGUUUGCCGCAAUUAACACCUCUAUCCAGGGCUACAGCCGCGCCAAGAUUUAUGCCCGUGAAGAAACCAUUGAUCGAUGGCCCUGUUAUAUCUCCGAGGACAGUUUCAUCUCCUAUCAACGGUCCCACCAGGCAUUCUUCCCCGGUGAAAGCUGUGUCAUCUCCAUCAAGGAUGAUGGCAAGUCCUUCACGAAUGAGAAGCAAUGAUGUGCUUAUGGGUCAGCCAGGCAAUGCACCUUCCAUUAUAAACUUUGCUGCAGAGGUCCUCCGGAGAGGAAAGAGGGGUGAGAGCCGAAUUGAAGAAGCACAUUUAUUAAGGUUACUUCAUAACCGUCAUCUGCAGUGGCGAUAUGUGAAUGCAAGAGCAACUUCAUCGCUGUCUGUACAGAUCGUGGCUGCAGAGGUAGUUUAGUGUUUUAUUAUUCUCUUUGUUUUGCUGUCUUCUGUUGACAUUCAUUCUACCUUGCUGUUGCAUUGUAUUAGUUGUCAUUUUUUUCCAACCCACAAUUACCAUUUAUUUCUAUGACUUUAUUUUAGUAUUUUAAAUUGAUCACGUCAUUUAUGUGAGCAUCUGUCUGUUCUAUGUACUCGAACAAGUUCCUUCCUGGAAAUCUCCAGUGUUUUAUCAUUUAUGUAGUGAGUCUGCUCCUGUGCUACUAUAGGGAGGCGUGAGUGAAUGUUCCAUAUGGUGGGGCAUUGGUUCUGAGUAGGUGGCGGUAGCUUCAUUUAAAAGUACACAAAAGACAUUGCCAUCCAUGCUUUAUCUAGAAUCAUAGUUUAUCGAUGAUUUAAGGUAUUGUAUAUGUAGACAAUAGUCUCAAGUGGAAUUUUUCCCUUGUUCCUAUCUCUUUGGGUUCUAUGAAGAACUAUUUAUGAUUAAUUGUCGAAAGGACUGUACAUUUGUAGAAAUGUUUUCCUCUUCAUGAUUGACUUUUGAUUGAUGGUACUAGUGUUAUCAAUCAAUCCAAAUUUAUGUAAUUCUUUUAAGAACUAAUCUUAGAAUACUAAAUAUAUUGCAAUGAAGAUGAUUGAAUCCUCCUAGCAAAGCAUGAAAACUUUACGUUCUGUGGAGCUUGCGUAUUUCUGGAAGAUAAAUGGCAUCUUUACUGUGAGAACUAAAUGUUUUGCACUGAUAUAUCUUUGGAACUCUUAUGGAUUAUCUUCUGUGGAUUCUCCUGUGUAAUUGUUAAAACAGAUUCCGAAACAUUGUAGUCUCUAUCAUAUCGUGUUCUGCUGAUUUGGUUUAAAAAGAUAAAUAAUUUUUCGACCAACUUAUCUUGUUUGUGCCAGAAAAGUCUCCACAGUGCUUGGAUAACUGCCACAGAAAUGCGUGAUUCUGUCAUAAUUAAAAAGAUCACGCUGCAUCUAUUGAGACGAAAUAUGAAGCUAGGUUCUCUCCUGAAGGAGCAAGUAAGUCUCAUGUCCUUCUUUGUUGUAUAACCUUGUUAUGUAUGUAAAUUCGGUAUAGUUUCCUACAAAUUGCGUUUUGGAACAUGGUCUGUGGCAACUUCAAUGUUCUCUUCUUAUUCCUAGUUUUCUCUUGCUCAAUAUUUUUACAAUUUAUUAUUCAAAAUUAUCCAUAAGAAAUGAAGAAGGAUACUCGAGGAUUAUGCCAUAUUUUGAUAGAACAAAUGUUGAAACACGAUUGAUUUUUUUCUGCAGCAGUUGCAUACGAGCCCUGUAAUUACAUUCAUUGUCACUGAAUUAAAGGGAAGAAUUAGCCUGUUCAUCACUAUACAUACAGUGCCAAAAUGAAAAUGUAUUUCUUUGGUGGCAUUUUCUUAAACAAUCAGUGAGAGCAGUCUUAGCAGGACUACAUUAUUGUGUCUAUAGUGCAGGUUAUCAUGAGUAUUGGAUAGCUUAUCUAAAAAAUUUGGCAGCCCAUAAUCUUCAGACUUAAAAAAGGUAACUACUGAAGCGUCUCAUUUCCCUUGUUGUCAAAAUCUGUCCUAUGUGAGAGAGUAUAGAAACUGUGUUCAAAAUUUGAGUAACCUUUGACCAUUUCCGGUUGACUUAGUUUACUCUAUAAAUGAAAGCAAUAUUAUCAAUUAAAGAAAAAUCAGGCUCUAACAUACUACUGAUCUGAUCCACAUGAAUCGGCUCAGUGCUCAAACCUCGCACCAGUGUGGUGAUUAGUUGGGUUGGUUACCCUAUGGCUUUAUCAGUCUGGUUGGAGGUCAAAUCACCUAUGGAUCUGCUGAUGUGGUGCUCAUUUUGUUCGAAUUGCAUGUGAUUUACUCUGGUAUUGCGAAUUGUUGUGAGAUCUCUCACCGUUUUAGUCAGAAAAUAUUUUAGGAGUUCAGGGGUAUAUAACCAUCUGGUGCAGCCUCAGCAUCGACCAUUGAACACAAUAAUUAGAGUGAACAAAGAAAAGAGAGGAAGAAUUAAAAAAGAGAAGGAGAAUGACCCUGUAGACUGGGUGCAAUGGUGGAAAUGAGCAGAGUUGUGACCAUUGUGACAGCCAGGGUAGGCUUCUUUCUUCUCUCUCCUUCCGUAGUUCUACCCAAUGUAAUACCCACCACAAAGGGUCCCACCACUGGCUAAACCAGGAAAAUCUGUGUAUUAAACCAUCAUUCUGGCCCGUGUGAUUUGCACAAGUCGCGCUUAUCUAAUCUGUACCACCUUUGCUUUCAGGGUUUUUGAAACUAAAUCUGUGACGAACACAUGUUUUAUGAUUUCUAACAUGACUGGUAGUUUCUCAUUCUUUUGGCAAUAUUCUCUAGCAAUAUACCAUUCAAGUCUUCAGAGUUGUGUGGGAUUUUGGAGCAAUUACUUUAGAUGAUCCAUCUUCUUUGAACAUAAGUUAUCUUUUGGAAGCAGGAAUUUCACUGGCCUAACACAACGUUUCUUCCUACUAUGUACUAGCAGAUUGCGAUCUCAUGCGCAUCCUAGUAGAAUAAAUGGGUCUGCAAAUAUCAUUAUAACUAAGGGAAAAUAACAACUUAAAUUUAUUUAUAAAUUUUAAGGGGGAUUACCAAAUUCUGUAGAAAUUAGUACUGGAGGGGGCAGGAAAUCUCUCUUCUUACUGCGACAAUGUGGUACGUGACAACCCUGGACAAUAUUGAGCCAUUCCUUAUCUUUGGAAACAUGUUGACCAUCUCAGAUCUUCUGUAUGUUCCUCAAUGCUUAUGUAAUCCUAGCUUUUUUUUUUGGAACGAACGAAAAACAGCAUUUCUCGUUUGUUCUGUGACAACAUUCUAAUAUACUAAAGAAAAUUCUGUAUUCCACACACGCGUGUUCUAUUGGAAAAUGUCAACCAGCUAGAUGCAUGGACCGAAUUGAACAGCAUGUUGGCAUGUGUAUCAAGUUGAAUGCUUCCUUUCUACAUCUGAAACUCUUUAUUUGAUAUAUUUAGAUGACUUAUCUGGAAGAGUGGUCUCUUAUGGAUCGAGAACAUGGAAAUUCUUUAAGUGGGGGCAUCGAAGCAUUGGAAGCUAGCAUUCUCCGGCUUCCAGUUGUCAGUGGAGCUAGGGUUUGUGCAUUCAAGCUUUCUUUGUCCUCCGUCAAAAUUGACUUCACGCGCCAUAUCAAUUCAUUUACUGGCACUUCAUAAAUUUUCCCCUUCAAGCAGGCAAAUAUCCAAGAUAUCAAAGAUGCUGUUGGUUCAGCUGUUGAUGUGAUGCAGGCAAUUGGGUCUUCUGUUUACUCAGUGCUGUUAAAGGUGAGAGCUCCACUUUGGUUUCUAUCAGAAGAAUUCGUUAUGUUGAGAUGAUCAUUCCCUUCCAGGCUAACUGAUGUAUUACUGACUACUCUAAAAAAAAUACAAGAUAAUAUAUAUUACAGACAUCCACAUUUACAAUUUUCCUAAAAGAUGUGUUUUGUGAAUAGUCUUCACGAACCAGGUAUUUCUAUUCUAACCAGGCACGCUGAGGAUAUAGAAUUCAACUGCCUUGAUCUUAUUUGAUAUUAUCUGAUCUUUACAGACCUAUUUGAUGUUGGAUUAUUUAAUCAUUUUUUUUAUUGAAUCUCCACAUUAGCAGUAUCAUUAAGGAAAGGUAUAUAUAUAGACAUAUCAUCUCAAUGCUAAUAUUAGAAGCCCAUAGAAGCCUAGAAUCACAGUCCCAUGCCAUUAGCUGUUAUCCUCCCAAAAAUGAAUCAGAUCUAGGCAGCACCCGUGGUCUACUGGACAUACAACUGCCUUGAUCAUGGAUGGUUUACGCCAGUUUGGGCACAUUCAUUUUACAUCGCUAAAAGCAGCUGUGUAGGCUGGUCAAUGGGCAGGCUCACCAGGUACCCUGGGUGGUGUGCCCAGCAUUUUUGUUGCCUUGGGUCUAAGAAUCAGGCCUGUAAAUAGAAACAGGCCUUGGUCCACCUUUCUUUAAUUGCUGGUGAAAUCCUCUAUUUGGGGGGGGGAUUAGGGUUUCCUCCGAUUCUCGGCAAUCUGUUGAGACCCAUCUCUCUGCAUGGUUUCUUGUUCCAUGGAAAUCCAUUUACAUCAUUUUUAUUGCCAAAUCAAGCAUCAAAGGAGCUAUUUAUUUCCCAUCUUUCAGGCAGAACAAACGAGGUCCCUGGUGUCCGAGCUCCUGAAACUAGCGGCUCAAGAAGGGGCUAUGCUGGAAGAAUCGAGGAGCCUCUUGUGCAACAUGGCAGCAAUUCAUGUAAGUAUAUGUAGAUCUCUUCAAUCCUGCUUAUGUAGAUCUAUUCCUUUCCCUGGUGACACUCUUCCAAGUUUGGGGAUGUUCUGUAAGAACAGCCCUAUGUCGGUCAACACAGAAGUAAACUAUGAAUAUUCUGAGAGAGAAACAGUCCUCAAUUGGGUGAUAUCCUAGGCAAGUUCUGACCUAACAUCCGGUAAUUUGUAAGAUUAGCCCCCCUCCCAUAUUGGUUAUGACAGAAGUCAACUCAUAACCUGAGAGGAAUUUCAAUCCUCCCCAAAAUCAGGAUCUGAUCAUCCGAUUCCGGCCCAUAAUUAGGCCAGAUCAAAGAUUAACUCAUGCAUUCAUAUAAGUCAAACCGGUCGAUUCCUGCCCAAUUCUAACCCAUGAAGAACCCAAACCGUUGACUAACUACUUCGAAGCUUGGAGAUAAUCCAUAUGAUUGGUCCCCCCAUCUGGUUGCUACAGAAACAAAGUCAAUUUGAGAGGAAGAACUCCAAUCCUCCCAAAAUCAAUUAAUAAACAGUAUCUGAUUUCAAGCCCUUGCCAGAUCGUAUAUUGACUCCCUGCACUACUAAAAGUCAAAUCGACAGAUUCCUGUCUAGAAUUACUACUAUAUAUAUAUAUAUAUAUAUAUAUACGUAAGUGCACUAUGAUCUUGAUAUGGAUUAUCAAAGGACCCAAAAGUGCAGAGAUCCUCUAAUGCGGGCUCUCUGAAAACAGGUGAAGCAGUGCAGCUUGCGGGCUCACCUCCAGCAGCUGAGACGCUACCCGGGCUGA